AUGUCUCCAUUUUCCGGCCAAACAGUUUGCGUCACCGGCGCCGGAGGAUAUAUUGGUUCAUGGAUAGUGAAAUUGUUGUUGGAGAAAGGUUAUACUGUGAGAGGAACUAUUAGAAAUCUCGAUGAUCCAAAGAAUUGUCAUUUGAGAGAACUAUAUGGAGCGAAGGAGAGGCUGAACCUAUUCAAAGCGGAUCUUCUUGAUUACCAGAGCUUGCUAAUAGCCAUGAAUGGAUGCAAUGGUGUAUUCCACACUGCAUUUCUGAUGACUAAUUCCCGUGAAGAAAUAAUGGAGCUAGUACCAGAUGAAGGAGCUAGGAAUGUAAUAAAAGCAGCUGUUGAAACAAAAGUAGGUCGAGUUGUGUUCACCUCAUCAGUUGGUACCGUGACAAUGGAUCCAAAUCGGUCUCCAAAUACUAUUAUCGACGAUAGUUGUUGGAGCGACCUUCAAUAUUGCAAGAAGACUAAUAAUUGGUAUUGUUAUGGAAAAAUGGUUGCGGAGAAAGCUGCAUGGGAGGAGGCCCAUGAGAGGAGAAUGGACCUAGUGGUUAUAAACCCCGCACUCGUGGUCGGGCCAUCGCUUCAAUCCAAACUUAGCCCGAGCUUUAAUCAUAUCCUCGGGUACUUAAACGGCUAUAACAAGACAUAUGACAACAAAGUUCAGUCCUAUGUGCACGUGAUAGAUGUUGCCAAGGCCCAUAUCCUUGUCUACGAGACACCCACAGCCACCGGUCGUUACCUUUGUGGAGGGAGUGUUCUUCAUCGAGGUGAUGUUGCUGAUAUCCUCGCUAAAUUCUUCCCUGAAUAUCCCGUUCCAACCAAGUGUAUGGAUUAUGGAGAGUCGAGGGUUAAGCCAUUCAAAUUGUCGAACCAAAAGCUACUAGAUUUGGGAUUAGUGUUCAUACCCGUGGAACAAGGCCUGUAUGAGACCGUCAAGUACUUGCAAGAGAAUGGUCACCUAUCCAUUGCUACACAUUUAGCGCGAUUGGUACAACUGCUCUUUGUUCUGCCCGCUUGA